CGCGUAUUUUUUUUGUCGAACACACAAGAAAUAUUUUUUUUGCAUUUCUCCAGAGAAAACAAAGAUUUUUAACAAUUUAUUGAAUAAAACACGUAUAAAAAACAACAAAUAAUUGUUAUAACAGAGAAAACAAAGUAGUAGAGGAAAAGAUUAAAUAAAUAGUGGAGUGCAAAAAAAUACUGGGAGGAAUUUAAUAUUUUUUUUUUCCAUUAAUUAGCAAGUGACGGGAAAAAAUUUAUAAAAAACAAUAGAAACAACUACAAUAAUAAAUAAAAAAUAGAGACAAAAUAACUAAUUAAAGAGCAAGGGCAUAUUGAUACAAUUAAAAUGAUAAGAAACAUUUUGUAACCAACAACACGGCAAAAAACUAUUUAGGGCUGCUUGGGCUGACUGACUCUUCUUCAAUAGUUAGCAGCGACAGCAUCGCUAGCUAAAAACAACAACACAACUACUAACGGCGGUGUAUUAAUUAAAGUGUUUACGUGUAGUUCUCUGUUGAUUAUUGUAAUUAUUGCUAUUAUUGGUGCGGAUGACGGUGCUGGUGAAGGUGGCUUUUUGGAAUCAUUAGAAAUAGAUCACACACAUGCACAGGGGGUGCACGAAACAGCAAGAGCAACAAAUUAUAUGUAGCGUUUUCUAAAUGUUUCAUAUUUAUAGGGAGACUGAAUGAAACCUUAUGGGAAUUACUAUAAUUAAGUAUCUACGUCAACCAUAACAUUUGUUGGAAAACUCACAAACAGUUCUUCAUUCACUGGAGUAGUGCUAGAAUUCGUGCUGAUUGACGUGUAUUAUUGAAGAAGAAUUUUUAAAAGCAAAAGUUUAAAAAAAAUUAUUGGAAAUGUCAUAAAACUAAUGAAACGCCAGCACAACAUGUUGAAAACUGGGUUACACUAUAACUUGCCGUAAAAUUAAGACUUUAAUUCCACAAUGCUGUGAUAAAUUGAAAUCGAAUAGUUAGAAAUUUGGAAUUGUCUCGAAUUAUCAAGUUGCCACUUUAAAUGACCAAACAUUAACAAAAGAAAAUCUCAACUAAACAAAACUCCCGCUCCCUCCCACCUUACAAAUCAACAACAACCAAGAGAAAUCAUUGUACAUUGCCAAACAAACAAACAAACAAAACAGAAAAACAUGCGUUCAAAGAAAUUCCUAAUUAUAGCCGGUUUUCUAGUAACAUGGACAUUUAUAGUUUUCUAUUUUGUGCCCCGUACAAAUACGAAAUUUCCUCUAGUACCCAAUAGAUUGCAAAAACUAGAACAAGAUGCCCGCCAAGAGUAUCGCAAAAGUGACAAAUUAAUGGUCAAUCUGUUGGGCAUACUGAAAACAAAAUAUCCCAAUGACAAUGAACCAGCUACAGAAAAAGAUAUUGCCAUUAUAGCCUUACCCAAUAAUCAACCCAUACAGCAGCCUCCUGCCUCUAAUGAAAAACAGGAAAACAUAUUGGAGCAACCCAAUGAUACCGAAACGAAUUUAGCCCUAAAUACCCAGCAGCCAGUAACGCCACCCACAAAAACUCAUCUCAGCAAUGGCCAACCCAUUAUACCCGUUUUGGUAUUUGCCUGCAAUCGUGUUUCCAUUUCCAAAUGUCUGGAUAAUCUCAUUAAAUAUCGUCCUAGCAUGGAACAAUUUCCCAUUAUCGUGUCCCAAGACUGUGGCGAUGAGGCCACUAGAAAUGUUAUCUUAUCCUAUAAAGAGCAGGUGUCACUAAUACAACAGCCCGAUCAAUCGGAUAUAUUUGUACCGCCAAAAGAGAAGAAAUUCAAGGGUUAUUAUAAAAUCGCCCGACACUAUGGCUGGGCCUUGAAUAAUACUUUUGGCAAGGGCUAUGAUUAUGUUAUAAUUGUAGAGGAUGAUCUCAAUGUGGCUCCUGACUUUUAUGAGUAUUUCUCGGGUACUCAUCAUUUAUUAAAACAGGAUCCUUCUUUGUGGUGUGUUUCUGCCUGGAACGAUAAUGGCAAAGCUAAUUUAAUUGAUGCCUCGCAUGCGGAAUUGUUAUAUCGUACGGAUUUCUUUCCCGGCUUGGGUUGGAUGUUAACCAGGGAUCUGUGGCAUGAGUUGUCACUUAAAUGGCCAAAAUCAUUUUGGGAUGAUUGGAUUCGUCAUCCGGAACAAAGAAAAAAUCGUGUUUGCAUACGUCCGGAAAUAUCAAGAACUCGUACGUUUGGCAAAGUUGGUGUAUCAAACGGUCUGUUUUUCGAUAAAUAUCUACGUUACAUUAAAUUGAGUGAGGAAUUUGUACCAUUUACAAAAAUGAACUUAAGUUAUUUAUUAAAGGACAACUACGAUAAAACAUUUGUAAAAGAAAUCUAUACGUAUCCCAUAGUAACGUAUGAUGAAUUGCGACGUGAAUUAAUAAAACGUGAUGGACCCGUUAGAAUACAAUACAAUACCAGAGAUCAGUACAAAAGAACAGCCAAAAUGCUGGGUCUAAUGGACGACUUAAAGAGUGGUGUACCACGUACUGCCUAUCAUGGUAUUGUUUCGUUUUUCUUUAAUAAACGACGUGUCUAUUUGGCACCGAAUGUCAAUUGGAAGGGUUAUGAUUUAUCGUGGAGCUAACAGAAUUUUAUCAUUUUAAGUUUAUCUUAGUUUUAGUUUAGUUUUCUAUUGUAUUUAUUA